CUUUCUCAAUUCUCGCUUCUCACUUCUCACUUCUCACUUCUCACUUCUCACAAACCCAUGAUGAACGAAAAGGCAGAGGAGCAUAGGGACAUUUCAAAGUACAAAGGGGUCCGAAAGAGAAAAUGGGGAAAGUGGGUAUCCGAAAUAAGGCUACCCAACAGCCGCAAGAGAAUCUGGUUGGGAUCCUACGACUCCGCCGAGAAGGCCGCACGUGCUUUCGACGCGGCCAUGUUCUGCUUACGUGGCCGCAACGCCAACUUUAAUUUCCCCGACACCCCGCCCGACAUCGCCGGCGGAAGCUCCAUGACGCCCUCCCAAAUUCAGGCCGCCGCCGCCCAGUUCGCCAACGCCGCCUCCCACGAGGGCCUGGCGCCUCCCUCCUCUUCCAUCUCACUUCAAACGGACAGUGACGUCACCACACAUAGCGCUCCGCUAACGGAUUUGUUCACGCCCGUUGCCUCCGCCAAUUACGAAUCCGAUUACGGGAUUUUCCCCGCUUUUGACGAGUUCAGUGGGGAGUUUUACGUGCCGGAAGCGGCGAAUGUGAAUUACGGAGAAGAGAAUGCGAAUGGGAAUGCAAAUUCAAAUACAGAGGGGUUGAUAGUGGAUGAAUCUUUCUUGUGGAAUUUUUGAAGCUCGCGGUUGCGGAUACUUUUAUUUUCCGGAGCUGUGGCGGUAACUUAUUACUUAUCCCUGUUUCCAUUGCUAACUACCCUAUUCGUUCAUACUUCAUAUAUCCAUGCCUGCGCCAAUUCCCAAUUCCCAAUUCCCAAUUCCCAUCAACAUAGUUGUAAAGUUCUUAACGUCUCAAUUUUGUGAUUUCUUCACUCAAACUUUCUCUCCUUUUUCAAUUACCCUCUCUCUUUCAUCAUAACUACAUUAAUUAAUUAUUUAAUUAAUUAAUGCUGUAUUAAAAAGUUUAAAUAAAACAUUUUCAGAUUUACUUUU